GGGGGGGCCGCCGAGCCGGGGGCGGCCCAGCAGGACUACUUUCCUCUGAAAAUGGCUGCGUCGGGGAACACUUUCUGUUCAGUUUCUUGAAGCCCUUCGUUGUAGGGGAGGAAAACGGGGGGCCCAUGGACCUCGCGGGGUGAGGGCCGCCGCGCCGCCGAGUGAGCGCAGCCGCGGGCCUCUCCGGAGGGACGGCAGGAGGCAGGAUGGACGAACAGAAACCGCCCAGCGAGGACAAGGACUCGGAGACGCCAGCCGACGGGGCCACGUCCUCGGAGGAGGUGGGUGGCGCGGAGGGAGACCCCCUGAAACCACCCGAAGGAGCCUCGGCGGGGCCGGAGCCAGAGAGCACGGGCACGAAGGAGCCUCCGCGGGCCAGCAGCGCCCCGGCCCGCCGCUGCGCCCUCUGCAACUGUGGGGACUGGAGCCCGCACGGGCAGCGGGAGCUGCAGCGCUUCGACCCGCCGCCCGACUGGCCCCAGCGGCUGGCGGCGCCCGAGCCCGCCGAGGCACCCGGCGAGCCCCGGCCGGCGCUGCCGCCGCCGCCGCCGGAUGACCUGGCCCAGAUCGGCUUCUCCGAGCAGGUGUCGCCGGCGCAGCUCUUCGAACCGACAGGGCACUGCUGGGUGCACCGCUGGUGCGCAGCCUGGUCCGCCGGGGUGCUGCCGGAGGCGGCGGGGCUGGCCCACGUGGACAGAGCUGUUUUCUCAGGGAUCUCACAGAAAUGUGAACACUGUCGGAGGAUGGGGGCCACCAUCCCGUGCCGGGCGGACGGGUGUUCCCGGCUCUACCACUUCCCCUGCGCCGCGGCCAGCGGCUCCUUCCAGUCCAUGAAGACCCUGCGGCUCCUGUGUCCGGAGCACGUGGCCGAGGCGGCGCAGAUGGAGGACGCCCGGUGCGUGGUGUGCGACGGGCCGGGCGACCUGCGGGACCUGCUCUUCUGCACCAGCUGCGGGCAGCACUACCACGGGGCCUGCCUGGACAUCGCCCUGACACCCCGCAAGCGCUCGGGCUGGCAGUGCCCCGAGUGCAAAGUGUGCCAAACCUGCAGGCAGCCCGGCGAGGACUCCAUGAUGCUGGUGUGCGAGGCCUGCGACAAGGGCUACCACACCUUCUGCAUGGAGCCAGCCAUCGAGAGCCUCCCCACCGACUCCUGGAAGUGCAAGAACUGCCGGGUUUGCUCCGAGUGCGGCCUGCGCCCCGCCGGGCUCAACCCCGGCUGCCAGUGGUACAAGAACUACUCGGUGUGCGAGGGGUGCCAGGAGCAGCGCAGCGCCCAGGACGCCCGUGGGGACCCGGGCGCCGGCCCCCAGCCGGCCCCUCCCGCCCUGGCGCUGGCGUCCCCCGAGCGCAGCGAGCCGGCGGACGUGCCCGUGCAGCUGCAGCCAGGCGAGGAGCCGCAGCCCGGCGGGGAGCUCAGCCAGGAGUCCCUGGAUGGUGGCAGGCCACCCCUGGACGGUGGCGAGGUGCCCCCAGAUGAUGGCAAGGUGCCCCUGGAUGAGAGCAAGGCACCCCCAAAUGGCGAUGAAGCACCCCCAAAUGGUGGUGACCUGCACCCCGAGGAACCACCCCCUGAAGAACCGCCCCCCGACAUGCUGCCCCCCGUUGAGUUGCCCCCCAUUGAGCCGCCCCUCGUUGAGCCACCCCCCAAGGAGGACCCCGAGCCACCCACCGAGGAGGACCCCAAGCCACCAGGUCUGCUCCCCGAGGUAGACGUGGCAGAGGAGGCGCCUGCCCUGGCCCCCGAGGCGCCCCUCGAGGCGCCCCCCGAAGAGGAGCUGCAGCUGGAGCCGGAGCCGCUGCUGCUGCUGCCCCCCGAGGCGGCUCCGCCACCCCCGGCGCCUCCAGAUCUCUGUGCCGUCUCGCCUGCCCGCCCCCCGGCCCCCUCGCCCGGCACCACGGAGGAUGAGGUGCCCGAGCCGCCCGCCCCAGCCCUGCCCGAGCCCCCCGGCAGCCCCGGCACUGCCAUGGACACGGAGCCGCCCGGCUCCCCGCCGCCCCCGCUGGGCUCCCCCGCCUGCGUCCCGGCCCCCGCCGAGCCCCCUGAGGACGAGGAGAUGGAGACGGAGCCGGCCGGCGGCGAGGGGCGAUCGCCAGCCAGCCCCGCCAGAGACGGCCCCCGCGCCAGCCCGGCCCCGGAGCUGGGGCCCUUCGCGGGCUUGCCCGAGGAGGAGGAGGAGGAAGAGGCGCCGAGGCUGGAGCGGGAGGGCACCAGCGGCAGCUCCCCGCCGCUGAGCGAGGAGGACGGGCUGGAGGAAGGCAGGGCAGGGGGGGACCCCGAAGCCAAGGGGUCCCCCGAGCCGCUGGAGCCGGAGGAGCUGGGUCCCGAGACGCCCAUGGAGGUGUGCGCCGCCGGGGAGAAGCUGCUGGAGCGCGGGGACGAGGGGGGGACCGAGCCCCCUGCCCUGCGGCCCCGGCCCGACAUCCUCAACGAGAUCUCGAACCUGAGCCAGGGGGACACGAGCAGCAGCUUCCCCGGCUCGGAGCCGCUGCUGGGCUCACCGGACCCCGAGGGCGGGGGCUCGCUGUCCCUCGACCUGGCCCUGGCCGCCACCGACGGCAGCCUGCAGAAGGAGGACGGCGGCUCGCUGCCGCUGGGCGCCGAGACGGACGACUCGCUGCUCUUCGAGCCGGCCGCCAAGGGCGACGGGGACAAGAGCCGGCGGCGCAGCUCCCCGGGGCGCUCCCGCGUCAAGCAGGGUCGCAGCAGCAGCUUCCCCGGGCGGAGGCGCCCCCGAGGUGGGUCCCACGGGGGCCGGGGCCGGGGCCGUGCACGCCUGAAGUCGACCACCUCGUCCGUUGACACCCUAGCACUCGCCGACGUGGAGAGCUCACCCAGCAAGGAGGAGGACGAGGACGACGACGACACCAUGCAGAACACGGUCGUCCUCUUCUCCAACACCGACAAGUUCGUGCUCAUGCAGGAUAUGUGCGUGGUGUGCGGCAGCUUCGGGCGCGGGGCCGAGGGACACCUCCUGGCCUGCUCCCAGUGCUCCCAGUGUUACCACCCCUACUGCGUCAACAGCAAGAUCACCAAGGUGAUGCUGCUGAAGGGCUGGCGCUGCGUGGAGUGCAUCGUGUGCGAGGUGUGCGGCAAAGCCUCCGACCCCUCGCGCCUCCUGCUCUGCGACGACUGCGACAUCAGCUACCACACGUACUGCCUGGACCCGCCGCUGCAGACCGUGCCCAAGGGCGGCUGGAAGUGCAAGUGGUGCGUGUGCUGCGUGCAGUGCGGGGCCGCGUCGCCCGGCUUCCACUGCGAGUGGCAGAACAACUACACCCACUGCGCGCCCUGCGCCAGCCUCGUCGCCUGCCCCGUCUGCCGCGAGAAGUACGUGGAGGACGACCUGCUCAUCCAGUGCCGGCACUGCGAUCGGUGGCUGCACGCGGCGUGCGACAGCCUGUUCACGGAGGAGGAGGUGGAACAGGCGGCGGACGAGGGGUUCGACUGCAGCGCCUGCCAGCCCUACGUGGUCAAACCCGCCGUCCCUGUGCCUCCUCCAGAGAUCGCCUCGGUCAAAAUCAAGGAGCCAGAGCCCCAGUACUUCCGCUUCGAGGGGGUCUGGCUGACGGAGACGGGCAUGGCUGUGCUGCGCAACCUCUCCAUGUCGCCCCUGCACAAGCGCCGGCAGCGCAAGACGCGGCUGGGCACCCUCAACGGCGACGGCGUCCUGGAGGGGGGCGACCCGCUGGGCCCCGACGACAAGAAGGACGGCGACCUGGACGCCGACGAGCUGCUGAAGGCGGAAGUGGGUGUCGAGCACAUGGAGUGCGAGAUCAAACUGGAAGCUUCGGCCAGCCCUGACCGCGACGGCGUUGCCGACAUGGACUCGGGCAAGGGGCUGGAGGACCCGGAGGAGUGCAAGAAAAGGAAGCGCAAGCCAUACCGCCCCGGCAUCGGCGGCUUCAUGGUGCGGCAGCGUAAGUCCCACACCCGCCUGAAGAAGGUCUCGGCGGUCCUGGCUGAAGUGGGGCGCGAGGGCCUGAGCGCCGAGGGGCACCCGGAGGAUGGGGCUCCAGGAGACCUCCCAGCGGAGGGCGGCCUGGACCCGGGCUCGGCAGAAGGGGAUGAGAAGAAGAAGCGCCGGGGGCGGAAGAAGAGCAAGUUGGAGGACAUGUUCCCCCCCUACCUGCAGGAGGCGUUUUUCGGGAAAGCGCUCAUGGACCUGAGCCGGAAGGCGCUGCUGGCGGCGGGCGGCGUGGGGGACGGGGCCGCCCGCCCCUGCCUGGGCCAGGGAGCCCCACGGCCCAAGGGGGACCCCAGCGUGCCUGGGGCACUGCCGGGUGCCCCCACCGAGAGGAGGGAGACCCCCACUCACCCCCGAGGGGACGACAGCACUGACGGCAGCGCUGCGGCCCCUGAUGAUGACGCCAAGGAGGAGGCGAAGGCCGAGGACCUGGGGGCCGAGGAGCCGAAGGAUUCCCCAGACCCUGGGGAUGCUGAGAAACCGGCCACCCCCGGCGAGGGUGCCCUGAGCUCCGACCUUGACAAGAUCCCCACGGAAGAGCUGCCCAAAAUGGAGAGCAAAGACGUCCAGCAGCUCUUCAAGGACGUGCUGGGCUCCACAGAGCGCGGGGAGCAGCCCCUGAACUGCGUGGCAGCGGGCAUGGAGGCCGGCGUCGGAGGGCAGGACCCCAGCCGGGCGCAGCUCUCCCAGCGGCCUUUCCUGCAAGGAGACCUCCAGCUGCCGGGACAGGGGAGUGUUUCCCUGGGGUCGCUCUCCGGCACCGUCUCUUUAGAGUCGUACUCGGGAGUCUGCCAGUCUCCGUUUCUUGAUAACAGGGAACGGAGCGGCUUCUUCAGCCCAGACCACUGCGAGCCCGAAAGCCCCUGGGCCAGCAGCUCGGCCGCCACCACCCCCUCGACACCUACAACACCCACCACGGAGGGCGAGAGCGACGGCUUGUCCUACAACCAGCGCAGCCUGCAGCGCUGGGAGAAGGACGAGGAGCUGGGCGAGCUCUCGACCAUCUCGCCCGUGCUCUACGCCAACAUGAACUUCCCUAAUCUUAAGCAGGAUUAUCCAGACUGGUCGAGCCGCUGCAAACAGAUCAUGAAGCUCUGGAGAAAGGUCCCUGCCACAGACAAAGCUCCCUAUUUGCAAAAGGCCAAAGAUAACCGAGCGGCUCAUCGCAUCAACAAAGUGCAGAAGCAGGCCGAGAGCCAGAUCAACAAGCAGACCAAAGGGGAGGGACUGCGCAAGCCCGAGAGGCCCUCGCUGCACCUGCGGAUCCCGGUGCCGCCGGGGGCACAGCCCGUCUACAUCGGCAGCCCACCUGCUGCGGGCGAGGGCUUCUUGAAGCCCCUGGCAGGCGCCGGAGGGGGGCCGGAGUCGCCCAGCGAGCUCUUCCUUAAGCUCCCGCCCCAGUCCCCCGCCCAAGUGCCUUCGCACGAUCCCUACGGUGCGGCGCCUGCCUACGCGCUGGAGCCGCGCUUUCCCUCGCCCUUAGGCCAGAGCCCCACGUCAGGUGCUGCCUUCCAGCCCUUCCCUGGCCAGCCCCAGCCCCUGCCGGGCCCCCGCGCAGUCCCCAGCUCCCAGCCCCCUGAUUUCCACCCCACACCACCCGGCACCCCCCGGCACCAGCCCGGAACCCCCGACCCCUUCCUGAAGCCCCGCUGCCCCUCCUUGGACAACCUCUCGGUGCCAGGGAGCCCCGGGGCCCGGCCUCCCGAGGCUCUGCUCUCACCCCUGCCCUUUGGGGAGCAGAAGAAGGGCCUGGAAGUGAAGAAGGAGGAAGGGGGCGGCCUGGGGGUCUGCUCACCUGGGUAUGCUCCCGCUACGGGCUACAGCGACUCCCCGAGUGGCCCGCAUCUCUCCGCUGCGGAGCUAAAAGCAGCUGAUGUAUUCAAAGCCCCCCUGACCCCACGAGUCUCUCAGGUAGAGCCGCAGAGCCCGGGGCUGGGGCACCGGCCCCCUGACCCCCAUCCUAUGGCCCCCUCGCCUCCCAGCCACCCCGACCUCUACCGCCAGUCACCCUACUCGGACCCCUACUCGCAGCCCCCACUGACGCCCCGGCCACAGCCCCCCGAGGGCUGCUGCGCCCUCCCGCCACGCUCCCUGCCCUCGGAGCCCUUCUCCCGGGUCCCCGCCAGCCCGCAGUCCCAGUCCAGCUCCCAGUCCCCCCUCACUCCCCGGCCGCUCUCCAACGAGGCCUUCUGCCAGUCACCUGUUACUCCCCGCUUCCAGUCCCCUGACCCCUACUCCCAGCCACCCUCCCGGCCCCAAUCCCGGGACCCCUUCACCCCCCUGCACAAGCCCCCCCGGCCCCAGAUGCCGGAGCCAGGGUUCAAGGCGGUGCCGCUCUCGCACAGCCCGGCGGCCGGUGGGGGUUUUGGGGGCGCCCCGGCAGGCGAGCCCCACGCCAAGGCACUGGGUGGGCAGCAGCCCCCCUUCGCCCGCUCCCCUGGUGCCAGCGUCUUCCCAGGUGGCCAGCCCCCAAUGCGCUUCACUUUCCCCCCGGCCGUCUCGGAGCCACUCAAGGGCUCCCCGUCCCACCAGCCCCACGGGAUCAACAGCCAUUAUGUCCCUGGCAAGCCCCAGAGCUCGGCCUACGCCUCAUCCCCCGGCUUCCACCAGGCCGGCAGCCCGCUGGGGCCAGGUGCGGGGGCUGCUGAGACCUACAGCCUCUCGCCCCUCCGGCCCCCCUCGGUGCUGCCCCAGCAGCCCCCAGCAGCCCCACAGCAGCAGCAGGAUGCCUCCAUUGCCUACCUGUCCCGAGCUGCACUGGGGCCACCGGCCGACAAGCGGGAGGAGGCAGCUACUGGGCUCUCGGCACCCCCAAACCGGGACCUGGCCGAGCUGCCGAGCAGCCAGGACGGGGCCCUCGGCACCAUGAGCCAGUCAGAGCUGGAGAAGCAGAGGCAGCGCCAGCGGCUCCGUGAGCUGCUCAUCCGCCAGCAGAUCCAGCGCAACAGCCUGCGGCAGGAGAAGGAGAGCGCUGCCGCGGCUGCCACAUCGGCGCCGGCAGGCUGGGCCCCCGAGGCCGGUAGCCAGAGCUUCGAGCUGAACCGCGGCAUGGUGCCGUACCAGCCGGCACAGGACAAGGGCCUCCUUGGGACGUUGGCCAGCGCGGCCGGCGGGGGGAAGCUGCCCGGCUCCGUCAUGGUGCAAGCAGCGUUUGCACAGGACGAGCGUCUUGCUCGGCCUCCGCCAUCUGCCACGCCGUCCGCCUUGGACAUCAACGGGAGGGCAGCGGUGGGGCCCCCACAGGCCUUCUACCCCCGCGGCGUCUUCCAGGCGCCGUCCCCGCAGCAGCACCUCUGGCAGCAGCAGCAGCAGCAGCAGGCGGCCGCGGCCCUGCGGCUUCCCGUCGCCUCCCGCUUCGCCUCGCCGGCCACCGGCACCCCCAUGGGUGGCCUGGGCACCCGCCUGCCGGCACCCGCCGAGCCAGUACCUGCCUCGCCCAGCGCCCUGGGGGCUCCUUUCAUCGAGCUGCGACAUAACGUGCAGAAGGGACCCGGCGGGGUUGUGGGCUCCCCCUUCGCCCCCCAGGCACCCAGGCCACGGUUUUUCCUGCCGGGGGAUGAGGGCACCCCGCAGGGCCUCUGCGCCCCCAUCAUGCCCAUCCAGGCGCUCCCCACCCCAGCGCUGCAGCCCCCGAAGAUGUCAGUGGCUCUGCCACCCGCCUCUCCGCAAGGCGCCGAGAUGAGCAACAGCCACCACCAGCCUCACGCCAAAACGGCCGCCCCUGCGCCUGGCCUGGAGCUGCAGCACGUCCCCCCGCGCCCGCUGGCCUCCGCUGCUGCCCUCCGCCCUGAGGGCCCCAAGGACAGCCCUGCACCAGACCCUGGGCCGGCUCCAGCUCCGGGCAAGAGCCACCUGAGUCUGGAAGGGGGGCGGCUGCCCUGUGAGGUCCCAGUAGAGCCUGAUUUGGAUGACGACUUUGGCUCCCACAAGGACCUGGAAGACGAUGAUGAUUUGGCUAACCUGAGCCUGGACCCGGAUGUGGCUAAAGGGGAUGAUGACCUGGACAACCUGGACAGCCUGGAGACAGCGGACCCUCACCUUGAUGACCUGCUAAACGGUGAUGAGUUUGAUCUGCUGGCCUACACCGACCCCGAGCUGGACACCGGCGACAAGAAGGAUAUCUUCAACGAGCACCUCCGUCUCGUCGAGUCAGCCAACGAGAAGGCCGAGCGCGAGGCCCAACUCAAGACAGAGCCGCCGGCGCCCAGCUUGAAACUCCCUGACCCUGGGGACAGCAAGGACAUGGCUCCCGCUGCGGAGGACCAGGAAGUGGCCAAGGAAGGGUUGGUGCCAGGGGUGGGCUUGGCGCCUGCUCCCGGUCCACCGGGUGCUGUGCUGGCCCCUGACCCAGCCUUCAAGACCCAGGGCCUGGAGGCGAAGGGAGGUGCGCUGCCGGCCGACGUCAAACCGAAGCUGGAGGACGGUUGCCUGAAGACGUCUCCCUGCCAGUUCACUGCCAGCGGCCCCGAGCGGCUCCCAGUCCCCAUCAAGUCAGAGGCCAUGCAGAGCACGGAUAAAAUUUCUGUCUCCCUUGGACUGACCCUGAAAUCAGGCCAGACCCUCCUGAGCCCUGGGGCUGGCCCAACUCGCCUUGGCUUGACUCACUUCCCGAACAGUGGCCAUGCCGGCGUCCCCAUGCUGGACAAGGACCCCUACGCUGGCCCCGGCCGUGGGCUGGCCCCAGCCCAGCUGGGCAGCCAGAGCAGCCCCUUGCUGGAGAAGUUCGAGCUGGAUGGAGGUGCCCUGGGCUUGGGUAGCGCCCGGCACUCGCCGGCUGAUGACUUGGACAAGAUGGAGAGCUCGCUGGUGGCCAGCGAACUGCCUCUGCUCAUCGAGGACCUACUGGAGCAUGAGAAAAAGGAGCUGCAGAAAAAGCAGCAGAUGUCAGCCCACUUGCCCCGGGGUGCCCCGCCGCACCUCCCAGCCCCAGGCCACCCCAUGAUGCACGCCACGGCACCUGGGCAGCCCCCGGAGGGACAGGCACCCCGCCUAGGCACCCCUCAGCCGCCCCUGCAGCUCGGACUGAUGGCCCGGCAGCAGCUGAUGCAGCCACAGCAGUCACGGCUUGGGGUGCCGCAGCAGGGCCCGGCGCUGGCCGGACACAUGGGCAUGGCCCCCGCACAGCCCCACGUCCUGUCGGCUCCCCACGGCGUGCAGGUGGCCCUGCCGCAGCAGCAGGGCCAGCAGCAGGUGCUGGUGCAGAAGCCGAUGGCCGGGGUGCAGCCACCCGCCCUGGGCCUGAAGCCGCCUCAGCUCGUCAUGCAGCAGCAACUGGCCAACAGCUUCUUCCCAGACACAGACCUGGAUAAGUUUGCUGCUGAGGACAUCAUGGACCCUAUUGCUAAGGCGAAGAUGGUGGCACUGAAGGGCAUCAAGAAGGUGAUGGCUCAGGGCAGCAUUGGCGUGGCCCCGGGUAUGAACAGACAACAGGUUUCCUUGCUGGCCCAGCGGCUCUCGGGAGCCCCGGCAGUCUCUGAGAUGCAGAACCACAUGCUGGCAGGAGGCGGGCAGGAACGGAGCGGCACUGACCCGACUCAGGCUCGCCCCAACCCACCCACCUUUGCACAGGGCGUCAUUAACGAGGCCGACCAGCGGCAGUACGAGGAGUGGCUCUUCCACACCCAGCAGCUGCUGCAGAUGCAGCUGAAGGUGCUGGAGGAGCAGAUCGGGGCACACCGCAAGUCACGCAAAGCCCUUUGCGCCAAGCAGCGCACCGCCAAGAAGGCCGGGCGCGAGUUCCCCGAGGCUGACGCGGAGAAGCUGAAGCUGGUGACAGAGCAGCAGAGCAAAAUCCAGAAGCAGCUGGACCAGGUGCGGAAGCAGCAGAAGGAGCACACCAACCUCAUGGCCGAGUACCGCAACAAGCAGCAGCAGCACCAGCACCAGGCCUCGGCCGUCAUGGCCCUGAGCCCUUCGCAGAGCCCCCGCCUCAUGUCCAAGCUCCCAGGGCAGCUCCUCUCAGCGCACGGUGUGCAGCCGCCGCUCUCGCAGCCGGCGGGGGCCGUGCAAGGCCUCGGCCAGCAGCCAGGGCAGCCGGGGGGCCUGCGCCUGCCCCAGGGCGGCGUGUCCAUGGCUGUGCAGCAGGGCCUGUCCUUCAUGGGCCAGCAGGCCGUGGGGAAUGCCCCGGUUCCUGGCAGCUCCAACACCUUCUUCCCUGGGAACCCUGCGCUCCGCGGACUGGCCACUGACAGCCGCCUGAUGCAGGAGAGGCAGCUCCAAAGGAUGCAGUUGGCCCAGAAGUUGCAGCAGCAGCAGAACAUGCUGGGGCAGGUGUCCCUGCAGCAGCAGCAGCAGCCGGGCGUCAUGGCACAGGCGUCGAUGCAGCAGCCGGGCGUCAUGGCACAGGCGUCGAUGCAGCCGCAGGGUGUCGUGGGACAGACACCGAUGCAGCAGCCUGGUGUCAUGGGUCAGGCGUCGAUGCAGCAAUCGGGUGUUGUGGGACAGGCGUCAAUGCAGCCACAGGGCGUCAUGCCACAGGCGUCGAUGCAGCCACAGGGCGUCAUGGCACAGGCGACGAUGCAGCAGCCAGGUGUUAUGGCACAGGCGUCGAUGCAGCCGCAGGGUAUCAUGGCACAGACGUCGAUGCAGCAGCCCGGCGUCAUGGGACAGACGUCGAUGCCGCAACAAGGCGUCAUGGCGCAAGCCCCGAUGCAGCAGCCGGGCGUCAUGGGACAAGCACCGCUGCAGCAGCCCGGCCUCGUGGGCCAAGCCAGCUUGCUGGGACAGCAGCAGCAGUCACUGGCAGCCACUCCGCAACAGGGCGCCAUGGGGCAGCCCAUGGUGCCGAAGCAGCCAGGGCUGAUGGGCAGCCAACAGGGCAUCCUGGUGCAGCAGCUCUCGCCGCAGCAGCAGCAGCAGCAGCCAGGAUUGCUGGGCCACGCGCAGGCACCCGUGCUGCAGCACCAGGGCGUGCUGGGCCACCCAGCUCCCCAGCGGCAGGUGCUCCUGGCCCCCCACCAGCAGCGGGUGCUGGGCUCGCCCCAGCUGGUGCCGCAGACUCCGGGGAUGAUGGGGCACCGGCUGGUGCUGCCCCAGCAGCUGGGGCAGUCGCGGGCAUUGCUGACCCCGCAGCAGCCCAACGCUGUAGCCCAGCACGUGGCCGCCCAGCCGGGCCUCCUGGGGCUGGGCCAGGGGCAGCCCCAGAUCCAGCACUUUCCGCAGCACGGGGCUCUGGGCCAGGCCCCCUCCGUGCUGCACCUGAGUCAGGGAAUGCAGCCGGCCCCAGUGGUCCUGGCUGCCAAGGACCAGCCGGGAGGAACGGACAGCAGCGCCCUGCCCGCCGAAGGCACUGAGAGCGGAGGGCAGCUGCAUGGGGGUCCCCAGGAGCAGCAGGGAGCCCUCAGCACCCCGGGACUGAGUGGCUCCGAGCCCCCAGCACAGCCAGGCCUCCCUCCGGCGCCGAAGCAGCAGGCUGAGCUGGGACAAGGGCAGCAGCUGCUCUUGGCGUCCCCACAGCCAGGCGUCCUGGGCUCACAGCAGGCGCUGCGGGUGCCCCCGGCGCAGUCGGGCGCCCUGCUCCACCAGCCGCUGCAGAGCCCCGUCGCGGGGGCUGCAAGGCCGGAGCUGUCCCAGCAGCAGGGAGACGCCGCCGGCCCCGCCGCGCUCCCGGCAGGCGCUGCGGAGCCAGGCUGCGGGACCAGCCAGGCGCAGAGUGUGCCGCUGCAGCCGGCCCCGCGGCCCCCGGGGCAGCCCCCCGGCCCCGAGCAGGCGGGCAAGGGGCCGGUAGGUGCACUGCAGGGCGCCGGGGGCCAGCCGCAGCCCCCGCGGCUCCAGAGCCCCGGGCAGCACAAAGCAGGACCGGCACCGCAGCCCGGCGCCGUGCUCCCCCAGGGCCUCCUGGGCCAGGUGCCGGCGCCGGUGAUGGGCCAGAUACGGGCGCAGCUCCAAGGUGUCCUGGCUAAAAACCCGCAGCUGCGGCACCUCACACCCCAGCAGCAGCAGCAGCUCCAGGCCCUUCUGGUGCAGCGGCACCAGCAGAGCCUGCUGCAGCAGAGCCAGGCGCUCCGGCAGCCCGGCCCUUUCCCCGGGCAGGCCCCGGCGACGCCGGACCAGGGGGUCCCUGCGGCACGCCAGCUGCCGCGGCCGCUCUUCCAGGUGCGGCCGGCUGCCCCGGCGGAGGCGCAGGCCGGCCUCGCUGCGGAGCAGGGUGCCGGCGGGCGGGCGCUGCCGGGGCAGGCGCCCGGGGGGCCCCCGCAGCAGCCCCUGGCCGAGCUGGUGCAGGCGGCCCUGGUCGGCCGCGGCCCCCAGCCCGGCCUGGUGCGGCUCCCCACGCCGCCGGCCCCCGGGGUCCCCUCGCCCCUGGGUGCUGCCACCCCGGGCUGCGCGCCCCUGCCCAGCCCCGAGCAGAGCCCCCAAGAGCCAAAGACGAUGACCCCGGGGGUCUCGGCCCCCAGCCCCACGGCACCCCCAGAGCAGGGGCUGGCGCAAAGCCCUUGGGACUCCGAGUUGGCGGCGCCUGGUGCCGACCCAGCCGAGACCCACGUCAACGGGCAGGCCGGGGCCGCGGCGGAGCGGGGCCCCGCGGCGGGCGAGCCCCCCCAGGUCUCCAUCAAGCAGGAGCCCAAGGAUGAGGUGGCGCUGUGCGAGCUGGACCCCGAGGAGCGGGUGAAGCGGGAGGCCAACGGGGACCCUGCGGGUGCCCAGGCCGGUAGCCCACUGGGGCCAGGCGCCCGCUCCGAGGCCGGGCACCUCCUGCUGCAGAAGCUCCUGCGGGCCAAGAACGUGCAACUCUCGGCGCAGUGCCCCGGCGAGCUCAACGGGCACGCGGAGAGCCGGGGCGCCCCGCCGCAGCCGGCGCUGCCGGGCCGGGAGGACCCCUUCGUUGCCAAGAAGCCGGUGGCCGCCAAGCCCAAGCGGGUGCAGAAGGGCAGCGAGCGAAUCCCGGCUUCCCGCAAGAAGCUGCGCAAGGAUGACGGGCUCAAGUCCAGCGAGGCCCUGAUGAGGCAGCUGAAACAGGAGCUGUCCCUGCUGCCCCUCACGGAGCCGACCAUCACGGCCAACUUCAGCCUCUUCGCGCCCUUCGGCAGCAGCCCCAUCAACGGGAAGAGCCAGCUGCGGGGCGCCUUCGGCAGCGCCGUGCUCGACAGCGUGCCCGACUACUACUCCCAACUGCUCACUAAGAACAACCUCAGCAACCCGCCCACGCCGCCCUCCUCGCUGCCCCCCACGCCGCCCCCCUCCGUGCAGCAGAAGAUGGUGAACGGCGUCACGGCCCCCGAGGAGCUGGCCGAGCAGCCCAAGGACGCCGACCCGGCCCGCGAGCCCCACGGCCACAAAGAUGCUCCAGCCGUGGAGGUGAAGAGCCUGGACCUGCUGGCAGCUCUGCCCACUCCUCCGCACAACCAGACCGAGGACGUCAGGAUGGAGAGCGACGACGACGAGAGCGAUUCCCCUGACAGCAUCGUGCCCGCCUCGUCGCCGGAGAGCGUGCUGGGUGAGGAGCUGCUCCGCUUCCCCCUGCUCAGCGAGGCCAAGCCGGAGCUGGAGGAGCGCGUGCUGUCACCCAUCAUCCCCAUCAUCCCCCGGGCCAGCAUCCCAGUGUUCCCUGACACGAAGCCCUACGAGGCUGCGGAGCCCUUCGGGGCGCCCCCCGGGAAGCUGGGGGCAGCAGGCCCGGGUGCUCCGUGGGAGAAGGCCAAGAGCAGCGAAGUCUCCGUCAUGCUGACGGUGUCUGCAGCGGCCGCCAAGAACCUCAACGGGGUGAUGGUGGCCAUGGCUGAGCUGCUGAGCGUGAAGAUCCCCAACUCCUACGAGGUGCUGUUCCCAGACAGCCCUAUGCGAGGGGCUGUGGUUGAGGCCAAGAAGGUGGAGACAGACGUGGCUGGGAUGCUUGGCAGCAAGGACAAGGUGGCGCUGGCCGGGAAGGUGCCAGACAGCAGCUCCGAGUGGCUGAAGCAGUUUGACGCAGUGCUGCCGGGCUACAGCCUCAAGGGCGAGCUGGACCUCCUGACGCUGCUCAAACAGGAGAGCCCUGUGCCCGAGAAGGCCCUGCACCACUGCUACGUCAACAACGUCUCCAACCUGGACGUGCGGCAGCUUUCCAUCAUGCCCCAGGAGCCCUCGCCCCCGCUGUCCCCCUCUGUCCCCUCCCCAUCCAGCCCUGCAGAGGCUGCCCGGGUCCCUGACCCAGAAGCAGCCCACGAGGUAGCCCCAGCUCCCACAUCCCCACUCCCACCGGCCCCCUCGCCAGCCCCCCGAGAGGACGGGACUGCAGCUGCCCACUCGCCAUCCCGCUUCAAGCCACGCUCACGGCCACCGGAGGACGGGGACGAAGCACGGCCCCGGCUGAAGAAGUGGAAGGGGGUGCGGUGGAAACGGCUCCGCUUCCUCGUCACCAUCCAGAAAGGGGGGGCCAAGCGGGACGGCGACAAGGAGAUCGCGGAGUUCAUCGACAAGCUAGGCACCACCCUGCGCCCCGAGAAGGUGCCACGGGACCUGCGCAAGUGCUGCUUCUGCCACGAGGAGGGCGAUGGGGCCACAGACGGGCCGGCCCGCCUGCUCAACCUCGACCUUGACCUCUGGGUCCACCUGAACUGCGCCCUGUGGUCCACGGAGGUGUAUGAGACACAGGGUGGGGCCCUCAUCAACGUGGAGGUGGCCCUGCACCGUGGGCUGCUCACCAAGUGCUCGCUGUGCCAGAAAACCGGUGCCACCAACAGCUGCAACCGCAUCCGGUGCCCCAGUGUCUACCACUUCGCCUGCGCCAUCCGCGCCAAGUGCAUGUUCUUCAAGGACAAGACCAUGCUGUGCCCCUUGCACAAGCUGAAGGGCCCCUGCGAGCAGGAGCUGAGCAGCUUCACAGUCUUCCGGCGCGUCUACAUUGAGCGGGAUGAGGUGAAGCAGAUCGCCAGCAUCAUCCAGCGGGGCGAGCGGCUCCACAUGUUCCGCGUGGGCGGGCUGGUCUUCCAUGCCAUCGGACAGCUCCUGCCGCACCAGAUGGCUGACUUCCACAGCGUCACGGCCCUCUACCCCGUGGGCUACGAGGCCACGCGCAUCUACUGGAGCCUGCGGACCAACAACCGCCGCUGCUGCUACCGCUGCACCAUCUGCGAGAACAACGGGCGCCCCGAGUUCGUCGUGCAGGUCAUCGAGCAGGGCCUGGAGGACCUGGUCUUCUCCGACUCCUCGCCGCAGGCUGUCUGGAACCGGAUCAUCGAGCCAGUGGCGAUGAUGAGGAAGGAAGCUGACAUGCUGCGGCUGUUCCCCGAGUACCUGAAGGGCGAGGAGCUCUUUGGCCUCACGGUGCACGCGGUGCUGCGCAUCGCCGAGUCGCUGCCCGGCGUCGAGAGCUGCCAGAACUACCUGUUCCGCUACGGGCGCCACCCGCUCAUGGAGCUGCCGCUGAUGAUCAACCCCACCGGCUGCGCCCGCUCCGAGCCCAAGAUCCUCACCCACUACAAGCGGCCCCACACCCUGAACAGCACAAGCAUGUCCAAGGCCUACCAGAGCACGUUCACGGGCGAGACCAACACGCCCUACAGCAAGCAGUUCGUGCACUCCAAGUCCUCCCAGUACCGGCGCCUGAAGACGGAGUGGAAGAACAACGUGUACCUGGCGCGGUCCCGCAUCCAGGGCCUGGGGCUCUACGCAGCUAAGGACAUCGAAAAGCACACCAUGGUCAUCGAGUACAUCGGCACCAUCAUCCGCAACGAGGUGGCCAACCGUCGGGAGAAGAUCUACGAGGAGCAGAACCGCGGGAUCUACAUGUUCCGCAUCAACAACGAGCACGUCAUUGACGCCACGUUGACAGGGGGCCCGGCCAGGUACAUCAACCACUCGUGCGCCCCGAACUGCGUGGCCGAAGUCGUGACCUUCGACAAGGAGGACAAGAUCAUCAUCAUCUCCAGCCGGCGCAUCCCCAAGGGGGAGGAGCUCACCUACGACUACCAGUUCGACUUCGAGGACGAUCAGCACAAGAUCCCCUGCCACUGCGGAGCCUGGAACUGCCGAAAGUGGAUGAACUAGCUGGGAAAAGGGGCUGGGGUAGGGGCAGCAGCACCCGCCUCGGAGACCUCACCGAGAGACACCGGCUCCCCGGGGCCCUCCCGGCCCUCCGCCGCGCCGCGGGGGACGCCGGGGCUGCGGGAGGUGCCAGGGCAGGGCUGUGGCCGGGGCGCGGAGGCUCCGGCGGGGAGGGCGGCCGCCGCGGAGCCGCUCGGCCCUGCCCGAGCGGGACGGACGAACUGGCAACUCAGGGUUUUCUUUGCUUCGUCCUGCGAGGAGAAGGGGAGGGGGCCCUGCGCGACCCCCCCCCACCCGCCUCCCUGGCGGGGGAGCCCCGGGGCAGCAGAGCGGCCCCAGUGGAGCCGGUGCCAGAGCCGGGGGGCGAGUUCGGAGCCGGCCUGGAUUUUUAGAAAUGAAAACUAAUAAUAUUUGCUCGCUAAUUACCAAGGUAA